AUGCUUGAGCUCGCACUCAGUCCGACCAACAGCGAACGUCUUCACCGUCUUGUCCAGGAAGCACCACCAAGUCCUGGCCGCGGUGGCGAGGAAGCCCCAAAGGGAGCACGGCGGCUUUGCUUCACCGAAGCCGCAAAAGGCCUGUCAAGGGCGGCAGACGAAAGGAGCCGCCACGAUGCAGUGCUGCAGCUUGUCGCGACCCUGUUGCCACAGCCUCCUUGUCUCCACCAGGAAUCGGAGCAAGCAGCGGACGCCUUGAGCCUCGUCCGAGCUCUCCUCGACAUCGCCCGGCCACUGGGCCAAGCCACCGACAACCGUUACGCUACCCAUGCCCUUGUUGCCGAGUUGGUGCUAGCCGCGCUAGAGCUACUCUCCCGCUCGGGGCUCGAUUCUCUUGACGACCAGGCUCUCGUGCUGAUUGUUGCGUACACCGAUGUCCAUGACCCGUGGACUACUCAGCCGUCUGCUUGUCUGGCCACUGGUCUAGUAGCACCACGCCUGUCCAAUGGCAAGCUUAUCCCAUUCAUCGUUGGACCCGUGCUGCAGGCCUACAUUCGUCCCAUCUUCUCGCAAUCAGGUGGCACGGUUCUUCGCUCGGGCAGACCAGUCCAAACUCGGGACGCUCAUCAGUCGUCUCUAGAGAGACCUCGCUGGAAAGAGCAAGACCCGUUCGUCGUGUCCGUUUUUCGCUGGGCGGUCGACAAUGCCGAUACACCACUCAUCGCAGGCAAUUGGCCUCUGUUUCUGCCCGUCCUGCUUACUUUGAUCGAGGACCCAGAGGUUUCUGUAAGAGAGAAUGGCCUCGAAAUUCUCAUCAAGUUCCUGCAAAUGUGCCCCCCCGAGAUGCUACUCCCGACAGGGCUGGGGGCUCUUUUCGAGGACGCCAUCUUUCCUUCACUACUUUCCCUCCCGAGCUCGGUCGAGGCGCAAAAUUGCAUCACCACACUUUGCCUGGCCUACGACGUCCUUUUGCAACUGGCGAGAGCAGACCGGGAGCCACGACAUCAAAGAAAGCGACGCUUACUAGAUCGACUCAUACGGGAUGGGAUCCUGGCUGGCCACCUCAAUACGUCCACGCAUGCCGUUGUCAUCGAAACCCUAAUGCACUAUGUGGCUACCGCUGUUGAUCGCCUAGGCAUCUUUGCUACCAAGCAUCUUGAAAUCCUCCUUCAAAACAUCGACUCUAUCAUGACGGAUCCGUUCGCUGCUAAUGCUUCAGGCCGCGCAUACGGAACAGGUUCUUCGCAUUAUUACAACAUGCUGGGUGAACUCGCACAAUCAGGCGGUAACAGCCGGAACGCCCGCAACGGAUGA